AUGGAUCAUCGAGAGUUCACCCCCCUCGAGCCCGAGACGUUGUUUUACAGGCCGGCGACGGGUGAUGACCUCACGGUGAUUGCAGAGAUCGAGUCCAAUUCCUACCCGCCCGACGAGGCAGCGUCACCGGAGAACCUUCGGUACAGGGUCGAGAACGCGGGCGAUUACUUCCUCGUGGGAUGUUCCGCCGGCAGCGGCCCGGGCGGCGCGGACGAGAUCGUGUCGUACGUGUGCGGCACCCUCAUCAAGGGCGAGACCCUGACGCACGAGUCCAUGUCCACGCACGACGCAGACGGCGACACCCUGUGCAUUCACAGCGUGGUCACCGAGGGCGGCCACAGGAGGAAACAGAUCGGGACUAAGACGCUCAAGGCGUACAUGCGGUGGAUAACGACCGCCACGCCGCAGGUGGAGCGCGUGUUGCUGCUGUGCAAGCGCAACCUGAUUGGUUUUUACGAAGGCGCCGGAUGGAAGAUGGUGGGAGAAUCCGACGUGGUUCACGGCAAGGACCAGUGGUACGAGAUGGAGCAAUCCGCGGCGAGAUUCAGGGCGCUCGUGGCGAGCACCGAGCAGGAUUGA